AUGAAUUAUGACCUUCAUUUUAAUCCUUCACAAUUCACAGAAUUUAUUUCACCUAGUCCUAAUAAUCUCGACUUUAGAACAAUCCCGAAACCUCAAAAUGCUUUUAUUCUAUACCGUAAAAAUUAUGCUGCAAAACAUAAAUCUACUGGGCGUAAUAAGGAUUGGAAAAUUCUUUCAAAGGAAGCCGGUGAUGCCUGGAAUAAUGAAUCGAACGAAGUAAAAAAUUAUUACAAAAGGUUAACAAAACUGGCUCGUGAAAAACAUAAAUUAAUUUAUGAUAAAAAAGGCAGAGCUCCUGCAUUAAUGACGAGUUAG